UUUAUCCUUUUCUCCUUCUUUCAGGUACUUUUACCCACACCGCAUGUUGUUUCCAAAUAGGCAAUAAUGAAUAUGCUAUUUUUGGAGAAAGGUAGUUGUUCAAAUUGUGGCAAUUUGGUGCUGUAUUAUUAGACGCCUCAGAGUGGAUACAAUGAACAACAUGUCCCCUGAAGUUGCACUGAACCGGAUCUCACCUGAGUUGCGGCCCUUGCUGUGCAGCGUUGUGCGAAACGGACGUGUAGGACUCGACUCGACAAACUGUCUCCGUGUCACAGACCUCAAAACUGGAUGUACAUCUCUGACCCCUGGUCCCUGCUGUGAUCGCUUUAAACUUCACAUCCCCUAUGCUGGAGAAACCCUGAAAUGGGAUAUCAUAUUCAAUGCACAGUAUCCAGAAUUGCCACCAGAUUUUAUUUUUGGAGAAGAUGCAGAGUUUCUUCCUGAACCCUCCGAACUACCACACCUGGUCCAGUGGGAUGCUGGAGACCCGGAGUGUUUGCUCCAGCUGGUGAAGGAGCUCAUCCAGCAGUACCAUCACUACCAAUGCCAGCGUCUGCGUGAAAGCUCCAGGCUGCUCUUUGAGUAUGAUAGCCUGCUGGAGGAUCCCAACUAUGGCCGCAACAUGGAGAUUUAUGCCGGACGCAAAAACAGCUGGACGGGAGAGUUUUCAGCUCGCUUCCUUCUCAAACUCCCUGUGGACUUCAGCAACAUCCCCGUCUAUCUCCUAAAGGACACAGCGUUGGACCCUGGAGAAGAUGUGGCCCUUCUCUCAGUGAGCUUUGAGGAUGCUGAGGCGACCCAAGUCUUCCCUAAACUCUACCUGUCCCCCAGCAUUGAACAUGCUCUGGGAGGCUCUUCAGCACUUCAUAUCCCAGCAUUCCCCAGUGGAGGAUGCCUAAUCGACUAUGUCCCUCAAGUGUGCCAGUUACUCACUAACAAGGUGCAGUAUGUCAUCCAAGGCUAUCACAAGAGGAGAGAGUACAUCGCCGCCUUCCUCAGCCACUUUGGAAUGGGUGUGGUGGAGUAUGAUGCCGAGGGAUUCACAAAACUCACUCUUCUACUAAUGUGGAAGGACUUUUGCUUCCUGGUACACGUGGAUCUCCCACUGUACUUCCCCAGGGACCAGCCCACCCUUACCUUCCAGUCUGUGUACCACUUCACCAACAGCGGCCAGCUCUAUUCUCAGGUGCAGAAGUCGUAUCCCUACAGCCCACGCUGGGACGGCAACGAGAUGGCAAAGAGGGCCAAGGCGUACUUCAAGAGCUUCAUCCCUCAGUUCCAAGAGGGAGCCUUUGCCAACGGGAAACUCUAGUACUCUCCAGCUUAAUGACAUGCCUGGAGAGUUGCCUGUGGGAGUGUGUAUGUUGGUGUGUGUUUGUGCAUGUCAUUGUGUACCUGUAUAUGCACAGACUUAAAUGUGUGAAAUGUGCUGCACUGUAACAGUACAGUGAGAAUGACAGUGUGCCCUUGCACACAGGCGCUGUGAAUUCCACAUUGUUUGACCUUGAAAUGGUUUCGUCUCAGAACAUUCUCCUUUUAUUUUUUCGUUUUUUUUCUUACUUUCUUUGAUGUAGAAGAACAUGUCCAGACACUGCAACAUGCUACAAGAAAAUCAUUUUACAACAAAACAGAAUUUAUAGUGUAGCUACAAGCAAGUGAUGUGAAAAUUAGGUUCCUCCACACCUCAAAGAUUAUGUGAAAAUAGCAGAAACAUGAACACUGACUUCGUUUACAUGCACAUAAUAUUCCAAGUUUUGCCCCUAUUCUGAAAAAGACAAUAUUCCUAAUAAACUGCGCAAUGAAAAUGAAUGUUACACUAAUAUUGCAGCCGUAUGUACUCCAAUUAACAUGAAAUGCUCUGCUUUGUCUGCAGUGUUUAAUAUUUUACAUAAAAAAAAUGUUUUUGAUGAUUUGUUUGAGUGCACAAACACAGCCUCCCUCUUUAAUUCCAUUAACCACCUUCUUUGAAAACAUGUCAAUAUCCAAGUUCAGGUUGGGCUGCAUCAUCCAUCAUGGAUGGCUGACCGUCAUCGACCACUGAGCCAGACAUCAUGAUUAAAAAGCCGGCUGUCUCAGUCCUCAGUCCUGACAACAAUGCCACUAUAAUGAUUUAAGCUAGAUGUUAGGUCUGGUCGCUGAUUAAAACAUAUUGUUGCAGAUCGCCUUUCAUAACUGGUCAAAUGACAGCAUAUUUAAAAACCCUGACAUGAAUAAACACCAGUGGGGAGGGUAGGAACCUAAGGGUAAAGAGAGUAGGUGAGGAUGGGCUGCAAAAAAUAAAAAUAGUAAUUAAAAUCCAACAUACAGUACCAGUCAAAAAUUUGGACACACCUUCUCAUUUAAUGUUUCUUCUUUAUUAUUUGUCAUUUUCAACAUUGUAGAUGAAUACUGAAUAUAUCAAAACUAUGAAAGAACACAUAUGGAAUUAUGUAGUAAACAAAAAAAGUGUAGAACAAACCAGAAUACGUUUUAUAUUUUAGAUUCUUUAGAGUAGCCACCUUUUGCUUUGAUGACAGCUUUUCAGUUAACAGGUGUGCCUUAUCAAGAGUUCAUUUGUGGACUUUCUUACUUUCUUAAUGUGUUUGAGACCAUCAAAGCAAAAGUGGCUACUUUGAUGAAAAAUAUAAAACAUAUUCUGGUUUGUUUAACACUUUUUUGUUUACUACAUAAUUCCAUAUUUAUUCCAUUAUAGUUCUGAGGUCUUUCAUAUUAGAAAAUAUUAGAAAAAUCAUUGAGGAGAAGAAGUGUUCAAACUUUUUAUUGGUACUGUAUAUACAUUUAAACAAUAAAAAAUAUCAUCCAUCACAUUGUUACACUGUGGACAUCCCUAAUCCAAAUCUUUCAUAAAGUCAUAUGUUUCUCCUUCUGACCAGAAAUAUGGACUUUUUGUUUGGGCCUGUGUGUCUACCCCAGCUUUGUAAACUGAUGGAUAGUAACUUUGUGUAUAACAACCAUGUAACAAUGUACAGCUGUAGCCAUCAACAAGCAGUAAAACCCCAAACUGUGACACAUAUUCUGACUGCACUGUAUACAACUCUAAAUAAUUCCCUUAAAACUUCACCCCACAUAUCCCACGUCUAAACAGGAAAAUGCUCCAUAUGGAAUAAUUCUGAAUAUCCAAACAGAAUUUGAUGUUCAUAUGACCUCUAUCAAAUUUGGAAUAUUAGUGUGCAUAAAUGUGGUUAUUGUGCUCACACUCACUUUUUUAGGAUCAGACUAAAAUGAUUAUUUGUUGCCAGCUCACAGUGAAGGGCCUUUAUUUUUUAGGAAACUUAAAAACUUUGACAGGAACUUGAUGUGACAACCUGUCCCAACGACCCAGUAAUUACUAUUAUUGUUUAAUAACAUUGUGCCAAUGACGCCUGGCUUCAAUUAGUCAAACCACAGACGGUUUGGCUCACAACACUCCAUCCAGAGCUGCCAUGCUGUGAAAGAUAUUUGUUGAUAUGUAAACAACAUGUAAAACACAAAGAGCUGUGGGGAUGAUGCAAAGACUUUUAUUCACUGUUUGUCAAGUAAAGCUCCAGUGUCAAUGUUAAAAUCCUCCACAACUAUUUUUUUCCCCUUUUAAUCGUCUGUAUGUUCCAUUUGACCAUUUUACGCUCUGUGAAGUCUUUUACUGACAGGUUGACAGUACUGUAAAUGACUGAAUGUUUGGUCAACAUUUUUAUUCAGUAAAGAAGUUUCCCCUGACA